UUCUGACAUUGCAAAAUCUAUGAAGCUCAUUUAAUGUUUAGGAGUUGUAGCUGCGAAAUGGCUUACGACAAUUACAGAAUACCCGGCUUGUUUGGAACGUCUCACGUUUCCAGCUUCUUCAUGAUUCAUCGCCAUUCCAUCAAUACUUUCAACUUCCCUGUUUAAUUCGAAACGAUGCCACUAAUUCUCAUCAAUCUUCAUGAGAAAUGCAUUGGACAUCCGCAUGGUGGCAAACCGGUAUGCCGCAAAAUUGCAGCUCUGUUCCCCACAGGAUCCGACUUCAUUUUCACUUGCUCGGGCAGUUCAUGGCCAUAUGAUUGCAUCCGGGUUCAAGCCUCGUGGCCAUUUCCUUAACCGGCUGCUUGAAGUGUAUUGCAAAUCGUCGAAUCUUGUGUAUGCACGCCAACUGUUCGACGAAAUUCCCAGCCCAGAUGCGAUAGCAAGGACUACUUUGAUUACGGCGUAUUCUGCUUCGGGGAAUCUGAAACUGGGUCGAGAGAUAUUUAAUGGAACUCCAUUGCAUUUGAGGGAUACUGUUUUCUACAAUGCAAUGAUCAUUGGUUAUUCGCACAACGAUGAUGGUCUUUCAGCUCUUGAACUGUUCCGUGCUAUGAGACGGGAUGACUUCCGGCCUGAUGACUUCACAUUUACAAGCGUUCUCAGUGCUUUGGUGCUUGUUGUUGACAAUGAGCAGCAGUGUGGUCAGAUGCAUUGUGCAGUGGUGAAGUCUGGAAUGGGGUGUGUUUCUUCUUCAGUGUUGAACGCUCUUCUGUCUGUUUAUGUCAAGUGUGCAUCACCAUUGGCGAUAUCAUCUUCAGGAAUGGUUUCUGCUAGGAAACUGUUCGACGAAAUGCCUAAGAGGGAUGAGCUAACAUGGACGACGAUGAUUACUGGGUACGUACGGAACGAUGAUCUAAAUGGCGCUCGGGAAGUAUUCGAUUCAAUGGCUGAAAAGCUUGGGGCAGCAUGGAAUGCCAUGAUAUCGGGAUAUGUACACCAUGGUUGUUUUCUGGAAGCAUUGAUAAUGUUUAGGAAAAUGCGUUCUCUCGGAAUUCAGCAUGAUGAGGUCACCUACACGACCAUAAUCAGUGCUUGUGCCAAUGGUGGGUUCUUUCAACAGGGAAAACAGGUGCAUGCUUACAUUCUAAAAAAUGAGCUGAACCCAAAUCAUAACUUUUUGCUGUCUGUGAGUAAUGCACUGAUUACUUUGUAUUGUAAAAACGAUAAAGUCGAUGAGGCACGGAAGGCUUUUCAUCAGAUGCCACUUAGAAAUACUGUUACUUGGAAUGCAAUCUUAUCAGGGUAUGUGAAUGCAGGGCGUAUCGAGGAAGCGAAGUCUUUCUUCGAAGAAAUGCCAGAGAAAAACCUUCUUACACUGACUGUAAUGAUUUCAGGAUUGGCACAAAAUGGAUUUGGAGAUGAGGGUUUGAAGCUGUUCAAGCAAAUGAGAUUGGAUGGCUUUGAACCUUGUGAUUAUGCAUUUACAGGCGCAAUUACAGCAUGUUCUGUGCUUGGAGCAUUGGAGAAUGGUCGCCAGCUCCAUGCUCAACUUGUUCAUCUGGGCUACAAUUCAAACCUUUCUGUUGGCAAUGCAUUGAUAUCAAUGUAUGCAAGAUGUGGAGUUCUUGAGGCUGCGGAAUCUGUGUUUCUCUCUAUGCCUUUUGUAGACUUGGUGUCAUGGAAUGCCAUGAUUGCAGCACUGGGACAGCACGGGUAUGGUACAAAAGCUAUUGAACUUUUUGAUCAAAUGUCGAAAAAUGGCGUAUUCCCUGACAGAAUAACCUUUCUUACUGUUCUUACUGCGUGUUGUCACGCUGGUUUGGUUGAGGAGGGACGCCAUUAUUUUAUUUUGAUGUUAGAAAAUUACGGCAUCAGUCCUGAUGAAGAUCAUUAUGCUCGAAUGGUCGAUUUGUUUUGUCGAGCUGGGAUGUUCUCAUAUGCCAAGAAUAUCAUCAACACUAUGCCUUCUAAACCUGGUGCACCAGUUUGGGAGGCUCUUCUUGCUGGUUGCCGGAUUCACAGCAACCUGGAUUUAGGAAUAGAAGCGGCUGAGCAACUUUUUGAACUAACGCCGCAACACGACGGAACCUAUGUACUUUUGUCGAACAUGUACGCCGAUGUCGGUCGGUGGAACGACGUUGCUAAGGUGCGGAAGUUGAUGAGGGACAAAGGGGUCCAGAAGGAGCCUGCUUGUAGUUGGAUCGAGGUCGAGAACGAGGUUCAUGUGUUCUUGGUCGAUGAUGAUGUGCACCCUGAGGUGGUAUCUGUGUACCGUUACCUGGAGGAGCUGGGGCUUGAAAUGAAGAAAUUGGGAUAUGUCCCAGACACUAAAUAUGUGUUGCAUGAUAUGGAAUGUGAGCAAAAGGAACAUGCCUUGUCUACGCACAGUGAGAAGGUCGCUGUUGCGUUUGGGCUAAUGAAGCUCCCUCCAGGAGCCACAGUCAGGGUUUUCAAGAACCUCAGGAUCUGUGGGGAUUGCCAUAAUGCAUUCAAGUUCAUGUCUAAAGUGGUGAAGAGAGAGAUAAUAGUGAGGGAUAGGAAGAGGUUUCACCAUUUUAACAACGGUGAAUGUUCGUGCGGUAAUUACUGGUAAUUAUCGGAGAUGUUUGUGGGUUAUAGGGUUAAGUCGGGUUAGAAUAUUUUUUUAGAAUAAUCGUCAAACCAAAUCUAAAUAAAUUCAAAAUGGGUCGGAUUAGGUUGGGUUGAUCGUAUUUUUCUAAUACAAUUCGUGUGCGCUCCAUGAAUGGAAU